AUGAUCGCUCCCCCCGAUGUGACGUUGAGGGAGGACGUUGGGGUGACCUAUGCAGACCCCGACGAGGUACUUGACCCCUGCGCCUUCUCGGUAGCGUAUCCUUUGUAUUCUGUAGAUUCAGAGCUUUCAACGGAGAGCUCCAACAGGCAGUGGUCUUGCCGCCUGCUGCCCUGUCUCCCGCCUCUGGGGUUGGUGUCUGCAUCGUUGGGCCUGCAACUGGGGGCAGGCUUGCUACUGCUGGCUGCUGCUAGCAACGGCAAGCGCCUCCACUGGCUGACGCCCAGUUUGGUCGACCCUGAGUUGCCGGCCAUAUACCCGUACCUGAUGCAGAGAGACCCAAAAACUUACGCGUGGUGCCUGGCUUAUGCGUGGGCGGCGUUGGUGCUCAUAUUCUGUUUGCUUACAACAGGAGCAACAGUAGUCGCUGUCCUGUUAGGUUGCUGCAAAUGGGCUCGUGCCGUGCGAGGCUUGAGCAUCGUGCAGGCCAUCAUCUGCUUCUUAACAGCUGCAACCUGUGCCACUUGGCUGGCCGGAUACGCAGUGGCUCAGUCUGGCUGGACAGGAGCGACCGUAAUUGCCUUCCUCGCUCCUUUCAACUACGGGACUCUGCUCUUUGUCAAGACACACGAAGGCAUGAUCCGAGCUGCUGGCGUUAUGCUGGCUGCAGCUACGGGGGCGAGUGCUCGAGCUUCCAGAGCCACUUGCCAUGACACUGCGGUCGGAGCCACGGUGACAUCCUUUGCUUUAAUUCUGUCUUGGGCGGUGAGCUUCCUGUUGAUGCAGGCUGCAGUUGGAAGUAUGGCGCCUCCUGUUUUUGGAGUGCCAUCUGGCUUUUUGUCUUUCGCCUGCUUGUUGACUUUGAAUUUUGGGUGUUUUGGGCGCUGGCGCGUGGUGGUGCUUAUGGGGCUGUUUGGGGCUUCGGCCUUCGUGGCACUUUUAGUUUGGUCUGCUGCCCAUGAGGCAUACAUCAUCAAUUACAGCAACAGGGCGCAUACGGUAACUCCCCUGGUCGCUCAAUUGCGGCGGCUGGUGAAUAUUAAGCAGUGGGCUCGUGCAUUGGGCCGCAAGGGAGGCCUGGCCAGCCUCGUGCAGCUAGCCGCUGCUCAGACUGUGCUGUGUCUGUUCGCCACCGUCGUCAUGUUUGGUCGCGCCUUCGGCCAUAAGCUGGACUCGUGCAAAAGAAAACGGCGGCAAAAAAAACGUGACAAAGCUGUCUGCGAGGCCAUCCACCAGGCCGCCACUACACACGCCCACCCGCAGGCCGUUGUUGAAACAUACACUACUGAACCUGCCUUCGACGCCUCUCUCGCUCCUCUCCCUCUCCCACCGCCCUUGCCCCCUCCCUCCGUAGAGCCCGCCAAAAUUCUCGUGCCACCUCCCCCGCACGCUGUCUUUCCUUAG